AUGGCCUUCGAGACCAACACCUUGGUAAAUGGAGAGUGGACCACUCGCACUCUGGACAUCAACACCGUUCUGAAACACUUUGAUCAAGAGAGCAAAGAGACGAAUAUACGUGAUCUGGACAUUGAGAGAGCUCCAACUCUUGGACUCUUGACGCAGACCGUUAUUCGCAGUCCACUAGUGCAUUGGAUUCUGCCGGCCACUCUCAGGCAUCCGGAAAGAAACGAUGUUGCUUUCAUCGGGGAUGAUUUUGUUCAAAUCAGAGAACUCCGCCCAGAUAGGCAGCUCUGGGAUGUUAUUCGAAAGGAGAACUUUGGAGCCCGUAUUCGAAAUGCUCGUGUAUUUGGACCAACGAACGCAGUUGAUAAAGAGUGGAAUAAAAAAUUCCCUGGUACUCAGAUCGAGGACGAGGACGGAGAUGUGGGCAUACAUGCUGAAGAUGAUUAUCAGAACGGUCAACAUACCAGGUUUCCAUUGUCAACACAGUCCAUCAUUCUACAAUUGGACACAGGAGACACUGUAUUCUUGAGCCUACGUCAAUCAGAGGCGGGGAAACUGGAAUUUGUCUCCAGCAGACACCGAGUGACGAAAGCGAUGUUAGGGCUACAACCAGGCAUGCAUCUCGCUGUUGACCCUAGCUCCCGGUAUAUGGCUGUGGGGUGCUCAGAGCACAUAUUCGCUAUCUACGCAUUACACUCCCAGGAGGAGCUGUCAAGACAGCACAUACAAGGCUCCUCUUUACAGCCAGUCAAAUCCAAGAGUUGCUUUAUCGUACAGGGAAUCAUCCUCAAAAUGGAAUUCUUGUAUCCUUGCGCUGGUGACGAUACACAUAUUAUUUUGAUAGUGUUGGUGGUUGCGAAAGGCAGAACGCGGAUUCUGCGCUAUGAAUGGGAGACUGGAAAUGAGCUGGCGAACGUUCGUCCUGGUAACCAGAGGGGCCACCUCCUAACGAAGGAGCACCAGAUGCCACUGUUGCUCAUUCCGUUGACUGUCAGAUCCUCUUUCGUCCUCAUCUACGAUACAUUCAUGACUGUCGCUACAGGUAUUCUUGAAGGCUAUCCCAAAUUCUUUGACUUUUGUCACGCCAAUGACCCUCCAACCAACCUGUAUCAUGGGAGAGGUAUUCCAUUAUGGACCUCAUGGACGAGACCAGCGCGACGGAGGGCAUUUACCGAGCAUCGUGACGAUAUCUACAUUGUGAGAGAAGAUGGCGUUGUCAAAAUCCUUGAGAUCGAUUCCAAUAUUGAGGAAAUUAUUGGAGCAGACAUGACCAUUGGCCAGUUAGAAAACAAUUGUGGUACAGCACUAGCAAGUCUCGACUUCUUCCUUGCUGCUGGUAGUCAAACGGGCGACAUGCUCAUUACAGGAGGGGAUUCGUGUUCCGGUGGGACCUAUCUCAUUCGAGCCCGACAGGCCCCCGCGUUCAUUGAACCAAUUCAAAACUGGUCUCCAGCGCCCGACUUCAUAACGACGUAUGCUGCUGAUGAUCAAGCCUCCUUGGACGGACGGGGUCGUCGCAAAAGAAACACAACUCCGCGGCCAGACAAAAUUUAUGCUUGUGCUGGAAAGGGGUCCAAGGGUGUCAUCACCGAAUUUCGCUAUGGUUUGGAAGCAAAACUCGGAUUGGAAAUGGACUAUCAAAUUCCUAUCAUGGAGGCCUGGGUUCUAUGCCCAACCUUCGACUCGUUGGACGACGACGACGACGACGUCUCUCUUUUCCUUCUCUCACUUAGUGACCACUCCGCAGUACUUCAGCUCUCUGGUGACGCCAGGAACAUAGACAAUCUUGAGCAAGAAGACACCAAGUUUGAUCUGAGGUAUCGAACUAUCGCUGCAAACAUGCACAGGAGCUUCACGAUACAGGUGACCGAGCAGACCAUAGUAUUGAUGAAUGGAUCGCAAGUCCACGUCCACGAGAAAGAUGAAAUCCUAAGGAUUCGUGAAGACAGCAUUGUUGUUGGUCAUGGUCCAGCAAUAGAAAAGGCCCUCAUCCACGAAAAUCUGGUUCUGUUCACAUCACGUCUCGAUAACUCAGUCUAUCUCCAAAUCCUGGAACAAAAAGAAGUUUAUAUGGAGACCGAUAGUAUGUCUGAAAUUGAACCUGAAACAAACGUACGAACUCUUGGCAAGUACUCAUCUCAGGUUACUAGUCUUGCAAUCUGUCAAAUUGUGCAAGACCUGUAUGCUAUCAUUACAGAAGUGCAUGACGACUCGAUAAUCCUGAUAUUUGAAGCUAUCAAGAUCACAAAUCGCGAAGAAUUAAAGAUCCCGUCCACGUAUGUGGACGACAUUCGGCUCGAAGCAUUCGUCAGUAUUUCGGUGGCUUAUAGGAUACCCGGAAUAGUCACCGUUCUUUGUGGAACACGAAAUGGGUACUUGCUCACAAUGGAUGUCAGCGAGAGCACUUUCCAGAUCACAAGCUCUCGAUGUGAUCGCUUUGGUGUGAGUCAAACGAUUGUUAAAAGAGACGUGCAGCCACAUUCUGGAGAAAUGUUUUUCGUGAGCUGCGACUCAAAUACCUUCGUUUUGGCUUCUGAUCGUUCAGUACUGCCGCCUAGUAGUAGGCAACGGAGCCCACGCUGGGCCAUCAAUCAAGUCUGGCUUACCGAUGCCACGAAGCCGGGACUUCAGCAGCCGGAUAUAAGUUCAAUAGCGAGGCUAAGGCCAAGCUCGUCUGGGGGUGCGGAUGGCGGGCUUCUUCUCGUGGCUGGUAAUCAGCUUCUUAUGGCUGCUUUCAGUACUCAGCCAAAAUCUGUUCCUCGCCACAUAUCUGUCGGAGGCACCCCAACGCGUGUAUUGUACUCUCACAAUCUGGGUCUCCUUAUUGUAGGCGCAAUUGUGAAUAACAAGACAGCCCUUCUAUUCAUCGACCCACGCACUGGCGAAGAUCUAUCAGCGCCUUGGCUUAAGAGCGACUCCGGACCAGCAGAUUUCAUCAGCGGUCUUGGCAGAACUGGGGACAGAAUAUAUCAUCUUCUCGAAUGGUCGUUUACCAAAGAAAAGAAAACUUGGAACCACGUCAUUGUUGCUACCAGUUCCGGGCGACUUUUAGUCGUAACUACGAGAACUGACAUUGAAACGGGGCGAAAUAUAUGUUUUUGGACCAAGUAUCAAUUCAAACUUCCAGGAUCAGAACCAAUAUAUUCGGUGACUGGAACUCCAGAGGGUCUACUCUGGUGUUCAGGAAAUAAGCUCCUUUGCGAUACACUUGAUAUUAAGGAGAAAAAGUUUCAGCGCAUAGCAGAAUACGAACUCCCAUCACCAGCCACAGCAAUUUCAUACGAUAACGGUAUCAUAUAUGCCCUAACUAAUAGUCAUUCACUGGAGGUCCUCAAAUUGGUCUUGGAUGAUGCCAGAGGUGCAAAAAUCACUCGUACGCAUGGUGAUCAAAUUACCCGCAAUACUUUACACCACGCAAGUGUUGAUCGGCCCUUAGGACGCCCCAUUCAUCUAGUCUCAGACAAGCACUGUUCUGUAGUUGGAUUGUGGGCUACUCAGGACACGAAAGCAGAUACUCUCGAGACAGUUUUCGAGGCGGAUCUUUCACAUUCGGUUCUCAAGUUCCGUCCAGGAAGGUGCCGCCCGCUUUGGGAUCCAUGCUGGACUUCUAGCAGUAUGAGUACUAUAUCCAUUGCCGGAGACAGUGCAGGUCAUGAAAAUAUCCCAAGAUCUGCCCAUCGCUCCGAGUUUCUAGGCUUGUCGAUUGACGGAUCACUGAGUCAACACACCAUCCUUGAAUUUACAGAGUGGAGGUUCCUGAGGUUCUUCAUCAACCUUGCGAUACGAUCACCAAAAGUCUGCGAGUUUACCUACAAAGAUGAACCUCUUCCCUUGGAGCCUCUGAGCGCACCGAAGCUGAUGAUGCACGUGGAUGGUGAUAUCCUAAAGCGUUGUCUAGCAGAGAGAAAUCUCGAGGGACUCCUGCGUCUUGGUGAGGAAACUGGGGAAGCGGCCGAGAUAUUCCCCAAGUUCUGUGAGCUGCUUCAAGAACUGCAUGAAGGGAAGUUGGACGAGCAUGCUGAUGCUGCUGCCUACGUGGAGCAGGCAUACACAGAUCUAGCAUUCUAUCUACGCCCUGUACUGUAG